AGAUGCUAUAAAAGGGCAGCUGUUCCUAUCAACUGUAUUAAAAUUAGUUCGCCUGUCAAGGACUUUGGACUAUUCUAACUGAAAAUGGGUGCUUCGAAGACUUUAAUCCUGGCGUCACUUGCCGUCUGCGUUUUUGCUGUAUGUCUGCUCGAAGCAAAUGCCCGACGAUCUCCAAAGAGAUUUAUGUUUAUGGAUAUGAUGCAAUCAAUGAUGUCAUUCUGGUGGAACGGGAUGACGGAAAUGUUUAAGGCGUCUGUGUCCAUGUUUAUGACCUCCAUGUCUGCAAUGUGGGGACCAAUGACGUUAUACGAGGGAGCAGUUCUGUACAACGUCUCUUGUAACGUCUGCAAGUGCAACAAUACGUGCUUCAACGGCGUUGACCAAAGUAUGUGUUCCGCAAUUUGGGAUUCGAUUAGCUGUACAGACCAACACAAGCCCGUUUACAAAGGCUUGUGCAACAAGUAUAUCCUGAUCAGUGAAAUAGCCAAAGGCAGGUCCGUGUCCCAUGUUAACGCCAGCGUCUGUCCGGAUUCCAGUCAUACUUCUAGUGAGGCCAUUGCCUACACAAGCUGUAAUGUGACUCAGUCAGAUUCCUGGGUUCCAAGUGCACAUAAUGCGAUGUUGAAUUGCAACAAUACGUACAGACCAAUAGCAAUGUUCAUUGGCAACAAAUAUGUCCCUGGUUCAGCUGGAGUAUUCGUUGGCUGUUUGACUGGCUCAGAACAAGGCUUUAAGAUGGUUCAUCAGUCGUGUGGCGGGGUACCUACAAUUAUACAUGUUUCUCACACUGAACAACGAUGGAAUGAUCCGGAACGCUUUUAUUUUGUUUAAGAAAUGAAUUAUCAAAUGUUAACUCAAUAAACCUAAAAAUAUGUCGAAAA